AUGUCCAAAGUGGCCAAAUACCGGCGACAAGUUAGUGAAGAUCCAGAUAUAGACAAUUUAUUGUCUACUUUGUCUCCAGAGGAGAUGGAGGAGCUGGAAAAGGAGCUGGAUGUGGUGGAUGCGGACGGGAGCAUCCCUGUGGAGCGCAGCCAGACAAACCAAUCAGAAGACUCCUCACCUGGCCCACAAAACUGUGACACGGCGCUCAACCACCACGACAAGGACACCAGGAGGCUCCUGCAGCGGGAACACUCGGUAGACGAAAGCAGGUUGAGCAAGAAUAAGGGAGACAAAAAUCAAGAAGAAAAAGGAAAGGAAUCUCCUUCCAAAGAUGCAUCCCAGAAACGAGAUACUAAAGUGGGGAAAGACUCUAAAAAGGAAGAAAAUUUUCAGAAAACAGACCCGAAAGGUAAAGCUGAGACUGAAACCAAGAGCAAAGAGAAUAAAGCUAUGAAUGAUAAAUUCAAGGCCAUGGAGAAAAAGCUGAUGGGGAAGGACAGGAAGGAGGAAGAGAGAGGUUCAGUGUUGAAGAAGGACACAGAGAAGGACAAAAAGAAGGAAGAGAAGAGCUCAGAGUUGAAGAAGGAUGCAGGGAAGGAUAAAAAGGAAGAAGAGAAUGGCUCAUAUUUAAAAAAGAAAGAUGCAGGGAAGGAUAAAAAGGAAAAAGAGAAGGAUUCGGCAUCAAAGGACACAGGGAAGGACAGAAAGGAGGAGAAGAGUUCAGAAUCAAAGAAACAGGCAGAAAAAGACAUAAGAGGGGAAGGUAAGAAAGAAAAUUAUAAAAAAGAAGAGGAAAAGGCUUCAGCUGUGAAAAAAUCCAAGGCAGAUGAGAAGGAUAAAUCCCAGGCAGAAGCAGAAAAGGCAGAAAAGGUGGAAGAGAAACAGGAGGCCAAGGCAGGAGCUGGGAGCAGCCCUUCAAAGCCUUCCUCCAGCAGCUCCACAGAUCAAGCCAAGGACGAUGAAGCCUCUAGCAUCUUUGAUGAGCUCAUCGAGAAGGUGAAGAACAACGAUGCUGAGGUGACCGAGGUCAACGUGAACAACUCUGACUGCAUCAACAAUGAGACCCUGGUGCGCUUCACCGAGGCCCUGGAGUUCAACACUGUGGUCAAGAUGUUCGCCCUGGCUAACACCCGUGCUGAUGACCAUGUGGCCUUUGCCAUUGCCAUAAUGCUCAAGUCCAACAAGGUGCUGACAAGCAUCAACUUGGACUCCAACCACAUCACAGGCAAGGGUAUCCUGGCCAUUUUCCGGGCACUGUUGCAGAACAACACACUGACGGAGCUACGUUUCCACAACCAACGGCACAUCUGUGGGGGAAAGACAGAGAUGGAAAUAGCCAAGCUCCUGAAGGAGAACACCACACUCCUGAAGCUGGGCUAUCACUUUGAGCUGGCUGGGCCACGCAUGACUGUCACCAACCUGCUGAGCCGAAACAUGGACAGGCAGAGGCAGAAACGCCUCCAGGAGCAGAAGCUGGCACAGGAACGGGGGGAGAAGAAAGACCUCCUGGAGGUGCCCAAGCCUGGAGCACUGCUGAAGGGGUUCUCCAAGGCAUCCCCACAGCCAUCCCCCAAAGCUUCCCCCAAAAGCUCUCCCAAGAAAGGGGGGGCACCCACUGUGCCACCCCCACCUCCUCCUCCACUCGCCCCACCACUGAUGAUCAACGAGAGCCUGAAGAACUCACUCUCGCCAGCCACACAGAGAAAGUUGGGAGACCGGGCACUGCCAGUCCAGGAGAAGAACUCUCGGGACCAGCUCCUGGCAGCCAUUCGCUCCAGCAACCUCAAACAGCUCAAGAAGGUGGAGUUGCCGAAGCUGCUGCAGUAG